AUGGCUGCAGCCACCAAAAUCCGUAAGCCCAACUGUUCUCUCUUGCUUGUACUCUGCUGUGCACAACAUCCCGGCUCCCAUACUUACAUUCCCUGCUUGCUAUUUCAGCCGCACGAAGCCUCAAUGGUUGCUGGACAUGCCGUGUCCGCCGGAAGAAAUGCGAUGAGACUCGCCCGGCAUGCACCCGAUGCAUCUCCUUGGACCUCGAGUGCCACGGAUACUGUCCGCGGCCGUAUUGGAUGGACAAUGGGACCCUGCAAAAUGAGCAAGCCUCGAAGUUCCGGCAGAUGUACGCUGGUGUACAGCACCGUGCCUCUCCACCAGCUCCCCACCCCUGAAGGCACCUCGGUCUUCCCUGAGGAAGACUAUACCACGUUCUCGAAGCAGUUAGAGUGGGCGCACAACCCUUCGUCUCCCUCAUCGUCAGUAGAAGGAAUCUUAACCCCAAACGUGCUGGAAACGCAAGAGCCCGGAAUUGUAUGGGGUGACAUGAUGAACUCGGACGAUUUUGGCUUGGCCAUGAGUAAAUCCUCCCUGUCGGACUUGGAUGACUUGAUGUGGAGCGCAUCCCUGGAUAGCCCCCACCUGCAGAAAGAACCUACUUUGUCUCCUGACCCGACAAGCCUGCAACCGACGUCCGGCAUGCAUAUGCUGGCAGCUGCAACCUGCGGACAGACCAUCUCGUGGCCCGGGACACCCCUUGACCCCAUCCCGGGAAGCAGAUCCGAGGAUGAGUUACUGAUGCACUACUUGGACCGGGUCUUCUACAUUCAAUAUCCAUUUUACCACACCCAAGACCGACAAGGGAGAGGUUGGCUUCUCUCACUUCUGCGGCGCAUCAAACCCGCAUACUAUGCCAGUUUGGCUCUCAGUGAGCUCGACUUGCUCUCGGCAUCGCUUCCUAAAAGUGAGCUCCCGGCACGACUGGCGCAAUUACGUACCAAAGAUGGCUAUCACGACCUGGCUCUUCAGGGAAUGCAGCGCAUCAUGGCCGACUCGUUUAGCUGGAAUGCACAGAGCCAAAUUACGCACAGUCUUGAGGGACUUGUUUCAAUACUUCAACUUUUGUAUUGGGAGAUAUUUGCGGGCGGAACUAAGAACUGGCAAUGGCUUCUUCGGCUGGCUGGCAACCUGAUGCCCGUGUUCAUGCAGGUGCGGAUGCCUUCUACACCUCAUGAAACAUCGAGCCAGAUCUGCCCAAGUAUACCGCUAGACAAUCAGAGCCCGUCCCCCGAAGACGACUCUACUGCAAGACUCCUCCUUGGGUCUCUCGUGUCGAUGGAUAUUAUCGCUUCUGCUUCUACCCGGCGGGCUCCCUUUCUGGAUAUUGAUCAUGUCCAGGUGCUGGACCGCUUCGGGAUUUCUCUAGAAAGUCUAAUAGGGUGUCGGAACUCAAUCAUGGCCCUGAUCGCGGAUGUUUCUGCGCUGGAUCGAUGGAAGAAAGAGUCUGAGGGGGCCCGUAAGCUCAGCAUCAUUGAAUUAGCACAGCGUGGUGGGCAAUUGGAGCAGCGCCUACGACGAGAACUCGUCGAUCCCGAGCAGAUGUCCGCUUCAGAGCCAUUUGCAGCAUGGGGCUCUUCCGCUACCCCGGGCGUUUCUCGGGCUCACCCAGGAAUCAACAAGGCGUUUGGGCUUGGAGCCAUCGCCUAUCUCCAUGUUGUGCUCUCUGGGGCUCAUCCCGAGCUGCCGGAGAUUGCACAAACUGUUUCCGAGGCCAUUCUUGUGUUCCAGGUGCUUCGCGAUCAGCGACUCCUGUCGAGUGUGGUGUGGCCUUUUUGCAUCGUGGGCUGUUUAGCGCAGCCCGAACAACAGCCUUCUUUCCGGGAGCUCUUCACGACGGCGGAGGCCACGGAGGGAACACUGGCAGAGGCAUAUCGAGUGAUGGAGGAAUGUUGGAAGGCAAGGAAAAGUCGCACAUCGGAUUGCGACUGGGUUUCGGUGAUGAAUGAGCGGGGGGAUUAUGUGCUGCUUCGAUAG